GUCUGUAGCAGUGGCUUGUCUCUCUUUAUUGUUUAUAUCAUAACUGUCCUGUUUACGUACAGGCCUAGCUUUCCACUAUUCCCCUGUCAGCAGAAGGAGCAGCCAACAUGAAAUGGAUGUUCAAGGAAGACCACUCUUUAGAACACAGAUAUGCUGAAUCUGCAAAAAUUAGGGGAAAAUAUCCAGACAGAGUACCAGUUAUAGUGGAGAAGGUAUCCGGCUCACAGAUUGUGGACAUUGACAAGAGAAAGUACCUCGUUCCUUCUGAUAUUACUGUUGCGCAGUUUAUGUGGAUCAUCAGGAAAAGAAUUCAGUUACCAUCAGAAAAGGCAAUCUUUCUGUUUGUAGACAAAACAGUCCCUCAGUCCAGCUUAACCAUGGGGCAACUUUAUGAAAAAGAGAAGGAUGAAGAUGGAUUUUUAUAUGUGGCAUACAGUGGAGAAAACACAUUUGGCUAAAUGUUACUUUCUGUCAUGUAAACAUGAAUAAUACUGCACAUACUCUCACUAUCUGGCGAGCUUGCUUGUACUUGUAGAUAUAUAUUGUCACUUUCAUAUAUUAUAUAGUAUAAAUAUAAUAAUAUUUUUUGCUUGUUCGUAACUGAUUUUAUUUAGAAGUAAUAUUUGUGUCAUAUAUUACCUGACUAAUUUAUGUUACUAAAAUUGUAUAUUUUCUGAGCUGUGGAUUGUGUAAAAUUUUAUUACUGUAUCAGUGGACUCCUGCCAUGCUGUCCUACAGAAGACUUUUGUUUGAAAUUAUUUAAUAAAACUUGUUUAAAUUUAAGUGGUGAGGUAGCUGGAUGACCUAACCAAUAAAGAUAAUUAGAUGGUGAA